AUGCAUCCAGUCUACUACAUGAGCAAAAAAACGACACCCGCUGAAAGAAAGUAUCACAGCUAUUACUUGGAAAUACUGGCGAUUGUUGAAGCUGUCAAGAAAUUCCGUGUCUAUCUACUAGGAAUUCGUUUUAAAAUCGUAACAGAUUGCUCUGCUCUUACUAAAACAUUACAGAAGAAAGACUUACCUCCACGUGUUGCUCGAUGGGCUCUGCUCCUAGAAGAGUAUAAUUAUGAGAUAGAACACAGGUCAGGAUCAAGACUUAAACAAGCUGACGCACUAAGCCGAAACCCUGUCUGUUUGAUACUUACCGAAGUUGCUGCCCGUUUGAAGAGAGCUCAAGACGACGACCCUCAUAUCAGUCUGUUAAAGAAAAUGUUAGAAAAAGAACCCUAUCAAGACUAUAUUAUGGAAAGAGGAAUAUUAUGCAAAGAGAAAGAUGGUACGAGACUGAUUGUAGUUCCAAAGAAAAUGCAGAACGAAAUAAUAAGGAAGAAGCAUGAUUAUGGACAUUUUGGAGUUAGAAAAACAGAAGAGCUUGUGAGUCGAGAAUAUUAUGUUGAGAAUCUGAAGGAGAAGAUUAGAAAAGUUAUAGAUAAUUGUGUAGAAUGUAUUCUGAUUGAACAGAAAAAGGGAAAGAAAGAAGGAUUCUUACAUCCACUAGACAAAGGUGAUGUCCCGUUGUCGACGUAUCAUAUUGAUCAUCUUGGUCCAUUGACGUCUACUAAUAAAAAUUAUAAGUACAUUUUUACGGUAGUUGAUGGCUUUACCAAAUUUACUUGGAUCUAUCCUACAAAAUCUUUGUCCACAGAUGAAACGUUGGACAAACUGAGAGUGCAACAACAAACCUUUGGUUCCCCUCAGAGGAUUAUUUCCGAUCGUAACGCCGCAUUUACUUCAAAAGACUUUCAAGACUAUUGUGAACAAGAAGGCAUAAUUCAUUAUACAAUUACUACAGGACAACCCCGCGGAAACGGGCAAGUAGAAAGAAUCCACCAAAUCAUAAUAAGUGUUAUAAGUAAAUUGAGCGCUGAUGAUCCGACGAAGUGGUAUAAACAAGUUUCCAAAGUACAACGCUGUCUGAAUAGUACAUGGCAAAGAAGUAUUGGAAUGACUCCAUUCGAGUUACUUUUUGGAACCAAAAUGAAAGAUGAGAAUGAAAAAAUUAUGAAAUUAAUAGAAGAAGAAGAAGUUAAGAACUAUAAUGAGCAAUGGAAUGAAUUAAGAUUAAAGGCAAAAGAGUCAAUACAAAAGAUGCAAGAAGAGAAUGUUAAAAAUUAUAAUAGGAAAAGAAAAAAGGCUACCGAAUACAAAGUUGAUGAUUUAGUUGCUAUUAAACGAACACAAUUUACUCAAGGAAGUAAAUUGUAUCCUAAGUAUCUAGGACCUUACGCAGUGACAGCCAAAAAGCAUCAUGAAAGGUACGCUGUAAGAAAAGUUGGUGAAUGCGAAGGGCCCAUCAACACAACAACCUCGGCUGAUCUCAUGAAGCCAUGGGUCGAUGAAGACGUAGAUGAAUAUUCAUCUGAGUCAGAUGAAUGA